UGUUGAGGUUUAUUAGCCUUUUGAGCCAAUCAGCUUCCUAUUACACAGAGACAACCCUUCACCUCAUGUGUCCCAAUCCUUCCUGUCACCAGGAAGUAAACCCUACAUGCUCUCUCGACAAUUUCAGUCAGUAAAGGUCUCUGCAGUUUAGUUCACACUUCAAAUAUGAGUAAAACAGUUGAUACAGAAAACGAAACUAAGACCAAGGAAACCCCUGGGUCUGAAAAUAAGAAGUCUUACUGCAAACUGGGAAAUGUUACACGUGAACAGUCACAGUAUUCUCCGGGGUUAUCCAUUCUGAAGAAGGCGAUCUUACUGCAGUGUAUCGUCUACAUCUCUCUGCCUGUCAUUCUCUGCCUGUUUCCAUGGAUACUAGGCCAUGUUGUCUUUUCUCACUGGUUAAGGAUUCCGUACCUGGUGGACCUGGCCAGUCCAGCAGAGCUCUCCCUGAACCACACUCUAAACUUCUACCUCAGUCCAGAGGAGGGGAUCUCACUGGGUGUAUGGCAUACGGUUCCCGACAGCCAAUGGGAGAAGGCCCAGGGGGCCGGCCCUGAGUGGUACAGUGAGACUCUGGGAGAUGGUUCUCCUGUUAUCAUCUAUCUCCACGGCAACGUGGGCUCCAGGGCCAUAAACCACAGAGUGGAACUUGUGAAGAUCCUAAGUGCAGCAGGGUAUCAUGUACUGUCACUGGACUACAGAGGUUAUGGAGAUUCCAGUGGGGAGCCCAGUGAGGUUGGGUUGACCUCUGACGCCCUCUAUCUGUACCAGUGGGUAAAGACACGCAGCAGGACCAGUCAGAUCUGUCUGUGGGGACAUUCCCUGGGUACUGGGGUGGUCACCAACGCUGCUGUAAAGAUACAGGAACAGGCAAUGGAGUUGGCAAGAGAAAGAGCACGCGAUCUGAGGGAUGUGACACAAGCCGAUCUGGAGCCAAGCUAUGCUGUCGAUGGUGUGAUCCUGGAGGCUCCGUACACCAAUAUGGAGGAGGAAGUAGCCAGCCAUCCCCUCAGCAUGAUGUAUCGGUGUCUUCCGGGUUUUCAGAGCGUUCUUCAUCAUGUCAUGCGAAGCAACAACAUGGUGUUCGCUAACGAUGAAAAUUUAAAGACCUUGACCACUGGUAUCCUUUUCCUACACGCUGAGGAUGACAAUGUGGUUCCUUUUUACAUGGGCCAGAAGCUGCACCAGAUUGCACUUCAAGCCCGCAGACAACGGUAUGCAGAGGACCAGGUGCACAUGGUAUCCUACAGUGGAUCCUUAGGAUACUCACACAACUAUAUCUAUUUGGAUCCCAACCUGGCCAGUGUGGUUGGGUAAGUUAGUUAUCACUCCAACCUGGCCAGUGUGGUUGGGCGGUUUCUACAAAGCAAGAAUAACAACAUUGAUCGACCGAUAGUCCUGUGAGUCGGCGACAUUUUUAGGGGAAGAGCUGCCUACUAAACCCCCCAGAAAGGACCAAUUACACAUACACUAUUGCCUGUUCAUGGUCUUUGUGAGAUUCUUGUUCCUCACUCAAAAACUGUCAUUUUGUGUAUUGCACUCGUCUCUCAUAGUUGUCAGUGUCUGUAUGAAUUAAAUUACAAUGAAAAACUUUCAACAACAUUAAAAAGACAUCCGAUCAGA